CUGGCGAUUUGAGGAGUGAAGCGGCAUUUGGAGGCAAAACGGUGAGAUUUUUCACAUUUCUCUGGUUUUCCACGAUUUUCCUCUGAUUUACAAGCAUGGGGGAGAAUAAUGAGUUCAAGAUCAAAGAGCUCAUCUACGAGAAUUACGCAAAAUCAGCGAAAAGGGAGUUAAUGCAGGAUCUCAGCAAGGUUGUCGACGGAUUGAGCCCCAGCGUCUUCCAGCCAAUGACGGAAGUUUUUCUGGAGGAUCCCAACGAUGCAGUGGAUGUUGAGGAUUUUAAUGCUCAGUUCAGGAAGUUUGCACAGAAGAGCGUUUUGAGUGAGUUCGAUCAGAUGUGGGAAGAGGCGGAAUUCACUGAGACUUUGGCAGGUCUGGAGUGUCUGCGAAAGGAGGCCCCAGAUAAAGCGGGUGUACAAUGGAGACCCACGGGCAAGACGCCUCAGGAGCAGCUUCGUCCGUUUGUAAUGAAAACUCUACAGAAGAAGUUCGAAUAUCUGAACAUGCAGCUGCAAUUCCAAGACACCCAGCUUAAGGAAUGCGUCCCAAAGCUCAUGGAGAUUCAAGAAAGUCUGGAGACGCUGAAGACUAAUCGGUCUGUCCUCACUGAUCUCAUGAAAGUUCACCAGAGUCAAACUCAGGAGUCCACAGAGUUGCAGAAGUUAUCGGAUAAAGUUGAUGAUUUAUUGGACAGAAUUCGAGAAUAAUAAUGGUUUAUUUGAUUGUCUAUAAUAUACAUUGAAUUUCUUUUGUCUCCAUUAUAUACAGUAACAAACGGGGAAAAGAGUUUUUAGUUAUAUCGUUCAAACAAGUUGAUCUCUUGUAGUUUUUUGAUCGAUUAGCACCAUGUCGUUGUGAAGAGAGAUUUUUGGGUGUUAAGACAGUGAGGAGGAUCUGUUAAUAAUGCU